AUGCUGGAGAACUGUGAGCCCCAGAGGUGCCUUGGCAAUGCUAGGGCCGACCCAGCACCCCCUCUCCCUGGAGCCCUGACACUCUCCUGCUCCUCAACCGCCAUCAGUGUCCACUACCACCCCACCACCCCAUCAUCUUCCUGUGUCCCUGAGAGAGCCGAGGCAGCCGGGCGAGAACCUCCAGCCCAUGCCAACCACCACCCCCACCUUGGCAGGGGUCCCCCCCCCUCACCUGCUCAAGGACAUUUCAAAGAAGAGAAACCGUCAGCACCCUUCUCCUCCACCUGCCACAUCUGGCUUCUUUUUGUGAGUCUCUAUGCCCCUCAAGCCCACCCUUUCGAGGAUCUGCUUAGCCGGCUGCCCUUGCUCCUGAGUCCCGUGGUCCCCUCCCUUCUCAAAGCCCUGUCUCUGCUCGUCACCCACCAGUCAGGCUGUGGGCCAGUGGAUUGGGGCGCCCACCAUUGGGCGGAGAGGGUGUCCUUGGCCAAUGGGAGAGGAGAGGAGCUGCGGGGAGUUGUCGGCGGCGGGGCCAGGACGCCUCGAAAGUCCGAGGGCGCGGCAGCCGCAGCCCCGGCCCCGGCCCCAGCCCCAACCCCAGCCCCAGCCCCACUUGUCCGUCCGCCGCCUGGGAGGAAGAUGCCGCUGCCGCGUUACCGCCUUGGAUGCCGCCUCCUCCUCUUCCUGGCGCUGCUGCUGCCCUCGCCGUCCCCGGCCCGCGCUCCUACACUCCCGGGCCCCGCCGCCGCCUUGCUCCAGGCUCUCGGGCUGCGCGACGCGCCCGGGGGUGCCCCAACGCCCCGGCCCGUGCCCCCCAUCAUGUGGCGCCUCUUCCGUCGCCAGGACCCCCAGGAGACCAGGGCGGGCCCGCGGCGGACAUCCCCGGGGACCACCCCGCGACCGUGCCACGUGGAGGAGCUGGGGGUCGCCGGAAACAUUGUGCGCCACGUCCGGGACCGCGGUGCGCCUGCGCGGCCCCCGGAGCUCACCUCGGCCGCAGGCUCGUGCCCCGAGUGGACCGUCGUCUUCGACCUGUCGGCCGUGGAGCCGGACGAGCACCCUAGCCGUGCGCGCCUGGAGCUGCGCUUCGCGGAGGCGGUGGCGGGGGCUGCGGGCCCGGUGGGCGGCUGGGAGCUGAGCGUGGCGCUCGCUGCGGGGCCGGGGUCUAUGGCGGGACGCGAGGCGCCGCUGCGCCUGGCAGUGCCCUCGCUGCGCGCGCCAGUGCGCGCCGAGCUGCUGGGCGCCGCCUGGGCCCGAAACGCGUCGGCGCCGUGCACCCUGCGCCUGGCGCUAGCGCUUCGUCCCCGGAGCCCCGCCACAUGCGCGCGCCUGGCUGAGGCGGCGCUGCUGCUGGUGACCGUGGAUCCGCGCCUUUGCCACCCCCUGGUCCGGCAGCGGCGUGAGGUGGCCCCCGUGGCGGGCGGCGGUCCGUGCCGCGCGCGGCGGCUCUACGUGAGCUUCCGCGAGGUGGGCUGGCACCACUGGAUCAUCGCACCUCGCGGCUUCAUGGCCAACUACUGCCAGGGCCCGUGCGCGCUGCCCGCCGCCCUGGGUGCCUCGGGGUCGCCGACGUUCAACCACGCGGCGCUGCGAGCGCUCAUGUACUCGGCAGCGCCCGGAGCCCAUGGCGGCCUGCCCUGCUGCGUGCCCGCGCGCCUCUCGCCCAUCUCCGUGCUCUUCUUCGACAACAGCGACAACGUGGUGCUGCGACACUACGAGGACAUGGUGGUGGAUGAAUGCGGCUGCCGCUAA